GCACUCCCAUCUCAGCUUUUAUUGUAAACAUGGCUGCAAGGUUGGCCACAGAGCUCGAGCGCUCACUCACAUAAACCGUUCAUUGAGCAGCGGGAGGACCGAGCGGUACCAUGGAGACCCGGUACGGUGUUGUCUUUGGACUUUUCUGAAAGACGAGAAGAGUAAAAGAAGACGGAGAUGAGCAGAAUCUGCGAAAAAGAACUGACUUAAACAGCGACCGAGCUGGAAGGAGAAAAGUUUUAGCUGUGUGAAGUUUGACAGCCGCUUGGGUUGCUAUAGAGAGCUAACUUAGCCUGGCUAGCAAACUGUUUCAGCUAGCAUGACGUUAGACUAAAUAGAUAGAUGCAUAUUUAGUCACAUUGGGAUACUUUUAGACGAGGUUUGGAUAUAAUUCGAGUAAUUAACAAUUGUAAGAAGUGAUUUGAGCAGAGAACAGGUUUACACAAAGAAGGACAUCACUGUAGGGUUUAUUUUUUUGUGAUCAAUGAAGAAUUAAGGUUACUCCUUCAUCGUGGGAGGAAAGUAGUUUUGUUGCAAUCCUUAUCACAAAGUAAGAACUGAGCAUGGCAAUCCAAUGGUGCUGAAGAAAUCCUUGUUAAUCCUCCAACGCCAAAGUUUGUCCUGCUAAAAAUACUCUACAUCAGCUGCUCUGCGUUGGACAUCAACAGCUCUGUGUGUCGGAAACAUGUUUUCUCCAAAACCUCCAAAGCCCACCUUUACCUCCUACGUUCAGCCCGAAGUGAGGAAAUAUCUUCCCGUGUCCACCAAGAAGCUCGAGGCCAGACUCCUACCAGGGGAGAUCGUGGUAAACGAGGCAAACUUUGUGCGGAAGUGCAUUGGGGCAGACAGCAGUAAAGAUGACCUGUGGGGGAAGCUCAUCUGCACCAACUUCAAGGUCUCCUUUGUUACCCAUGAUUCCUUGCCACAACAGAGGUUCCAGUGUGUCCACCGCCUCUUGGGAGAUCAUGACAUCCCACUGACAUGUGUGGAGCAAGUGGUGACUGUGAAUGAUGCAAAGGGUAAGCAGAAAGUCCUGGGCUCCAAUAAGAAGCUAAAGUUUAAUCCCACUGAGUUAAUCCUGUACUGCAAGGAUUUCCGGAUCGUUCGCUUCCGCUUCGACGAGGCUGGACCUGAGAGCGCCAAGAAGGUUUGCCUCGCUAUCGCACACUACUCUCACCCAGCCGACAGUCAACUACUGUUUGGGUUCGAGUAUGUUGGUACGUGCUUCCACGGCUCCUCAGGUGAGAAGGUGAAUGGAGUGGACUCGGGGAAGGGAAUGCAGACGGCCAUGUUUGACUGCUCUUCUGACUGGGACAGGGAGAUCAAACGAACCGGCGCCUCAGAAUGGAGAGUGUGCAACAUUAAUGUGGAGUAUCUGGUCUCCCCCAGUCUCCCAGAGUUCUUUGUGGUUCCGUCUUCCUUGGCAGAUCAGGACCUGAAGCAGUACGCCUGUUACUUUAAAGCGCAGCGUCUCCCGUUAUGGUGCUGGAAUCACCCCAAUGGGAGUGCCCUGGUUCGAAUGUCCAACAUCACCGAGCCCCAGCAGCAGAGGAAACUAGAUCAAAGGAUUUGCAGUGCAGUCAUCAAAAGCCACCCGAUGCGCAGCAACGUCCUAAAGACAGAUUUGGACAAGAGUCUGCCAAACAUCCAGGAAAUCCAGACUGCGUUAGUGAAGCUGCGGCAGAUCUGCGUGAUUGAGCCCUUCGAGGAGUCUGACGAGAAGUGGCUGUCGUCCAUGGAAAGUUCACGGUGGAUGGAAUAUGUCAGGGUGUUUUUGAGGCAUGCAGUGGAGGUCAUCUACAUGCUGGAGGGGAAACAAUCCUCAGUCAUUCUGCAAGAAGAAGAAGACCGGGAUUUGAGCUGUGUCAUUGCGUCUCUGGUGCAGCUAAUGUGUGAUCCUCAUUGCCGGAGUCUAGCAGGAUUUCAGGGCCUGGUGCAAAAGGAAUGGGUGAUGGCUGGCCAUCGCUUCCUCGACCGCUGCAAUCAUUUGAAAAAGAACGACAAGGAGGAGUCUCCUCUGUUUUUGCUGUUCCUGAACUGUGUAUGGCAGUUAUUGGAGCAGUACCCAGCAGCCUUCGAGUUCACAGAGAUGUACCUCACGGUUCUGAGCGACAGCAUGUGGGUCCCAGUGUUCAGCACGUUCCUUUUCAACUGCCCACGACAAAGGGCAGAACACAGCCGGGACUUUGCCCUGAGUAAGAGUAUAUCCCUGGGAAGGGACAAAGUUCUGCAGUUCCCCCCUGUGUGGGACUGGUCACAGCAAUUCAGCCUAAAAGAUCAGACCCUCUUUAAUAACCCUCUGUAUGUGGGCAAGAGCGCCCCCUGUGUGCACAACGGCACAGUGCGGACGUUCACGCAUAAGCGCAGCAAGCAAAAAAACUACAGCUCCACGUUGCGAGGCCUGCCCUCAGAUCUGAAGAAUGGCAGUCUGUCUGUACUCGAUACUCUGCCACGGCGGAAUUCUCUGAUGCCGCGACUCCGUACGGAUGCUGCGCAGGUGAAUGAGAAGCAGGACAGUCCCGCCGAACACUUCUUGCAGCACUGGCUUUCUCGGCCCGCUGACCUACAGGGUUUGCUGCUGCCACAGCUCCUGCCUUCCCAUUUACCCCUGUGGAAGCUCUACUUCUUGCGCUGGGUGCCCGAGGCUCGCAUCCCUAACGGUGGCCCCAUCACCACCUUCCACAAGCUCUCUACGCUGGUGGACGAGAUCGAAGUUCUGCAGAAUCAGCUGAGGCAGUACACAGGAGGGGCGACUCCAGUACGCAGUUGUCCCAGCAGCCCCCAGGAUGAAACCGGCAAAAUGUUCUUCAGGGCAGGAUUAUCUCAACGCGAGUCCUCUUCUCCUCCCGAGUACCUUAGUUCCUCGUUCCCUUUCUCGCCUGUGGGCAAUCUGUGUCGGCGCAGCAUCCUGGGAACUCCCCUCAGCAAAUUUCUCAACGGAGCCAGAAUCUGGUUGUCCACAGAGACGCUGGCCAAUGAGAACCAUUGAAAACCUUUGGCCUGAUUAGAGGCCUCAAACAGCAAUUGUAUUGGUGUAGCGUCAUCGUGAAUUCUCUAUAAUGUUCUCCCCUUGUCCACACUGGUCCAUUUGGCUAUUCAGUUUUUUCUGAAAGCUCAUUAGCCAAAUAUUUCUGGUUGGUUAUGAUGUGUAUUUGGUGAGGUGGGAAAAAAAUGUCAUAGCUAACACUGAAUGAGGCUGACAUUAAGAUAGGGAUUCUUGUAUUUCUGUGCUGGUUUGAUUUAAUGAGGGAUUUAGUCUGUUGUCAAGUAGGCAUGAGCCGAUAUUAGACUUUCAUAUCACCGCAAAUGCUCAAAUCUUUAUGGUUUAUAAUAUUAUUAUUGCAACUCGUGUCAUUUUAAAGAAAUUAUGCCUCAUUCUAAGAUGUUCUGUUUUUUCUCCAUUUCCCAUCUGGCAUUUAAUGAAUAUUGCAUUAGGGUGUAAAAAUCGGUACAUGCCUAUUGUCUAGAAUUUUUGCAAGUUUUCAAGUGAGGUGUUUUUUUUUUUCCCCCUUUGAUGAAGCAUCACUAUAAAAUCCGCACAUUCUAAUUAUUUCCCUCUUUUUAAACCACCAGUACUGGUUGCUUUUAUGUUUUUUUGGGAGUUCUGGCAUUUAGAUUAAUGAUGAUGAUGAAAGUAGGAUUGUAAUUUAAGUCUGUGGUAGAAGAAUCUUAACACUUUAUUUUAGUAUGUAUAGAUAUAUAGAUUUUGUAAGCAACCUUCUGGAAAGGUCUUACUGUUUGGUAGCUUUUAAUAAAAUUGGGGUUUGCAGGGAUUGCCCAUAAUAAAACCCCCCAGAAAACACAGGUGACAACUGUGCACUCGGAGUGAACUCUAACACACACACACACACACACAGGCUGGCCCUCGUCUUGUUAGAUCCCUCUCCCAACAGAAGCACAGAAUAGCUGCUCUAAAUAACUGACUACUGCUCCUAUCAGUCUGCUGGUUGAACUGGUACAGCAGUCGAGUGCACCGUAUCCCAGUAGGCACAUAGUGAAUUAGCUUUCGAUCAGAGAGUCAAGUUUAAAAAUGUAGGUUAGGGGUUUAUUGGGUAAAAGGCAGCACUUGUUACCUCUGUGUUGUUUUUUUCUUUUAACUGGACACUCAUUCUGUUUCGUAUGAUCUUUAGCUUUUUUUGUAGAGACGAUUAUCUUUAGAUGUAGAUCAGGGUUUGAGACGGGGUGGACGAUAUGCUGAUAUCAGUAUCGCAAUAAAUUAUGAUCAUACAACACGUCAAGUUAUAACACAAUUUAAGAAUUUGUCCUAUUACUCACCUUAGUUAAUUAAUAACUUCACCCUAGUUUUUCUUUUUAAAAAACGUGUUUAUUACAAUUUUUAUUUAGUUGAUCAACUAAAUUGCUGAGGAUGUAAGUAAAACAAUCGUGUUGUAAGAAUACCUUCGGAUAUUUUUUGUUUUCAUUUAAAAAAAAUUUAAACUGGAAAUAUCGCCCACCCUUACUCUGUGAACACGUACUUGGAUGCCAUAUUUUUGUUUAAACCUUUUAUUGUCUUGAAUAUGGUACUUUUCCUUCCAUUUAUCCUUAUUAAUAUUUUUUUGUGAUCAUUUGACCACUAAUGCAGUGCACUCAAAGCUGUGGAUGAAAAAAGUUACUUGAUAUAACACAUGUAGAUCUUUUUUUCUUUGUUUUACAACAAACAGCGCUGAUAUUUAUUCAGAUAUGCAAAGAAGCUGAACCGGGGUUAUUUAUUCUGAUCCUGUGUGCCUUUUUGAAAUUGUGGCCUUGCUAUUUGAGUGGAUGUUUUCUUUCUCUUUCUCUCAGGCUGUAACAUGCCGGCACUGCCUCCUGUAACAGCGGCUAAACUUAACAUAAUUCCAAAGCUGUUUGUGUGUGUGUAGAAUUGUGUAAGCUAUGAGGUGGUCAGCUGGGCUCCUGUACAUCCAAAAGGUUCUGAUUUAACUCUUGUCAACUAUUCUCGACUCUGAGCCGCUAUGCGAGAUACGAUGCUUCUGAAUUAUUUCUUUGAAAUUAAAAAUGGGUUGACAA